GGAAAGAAACAUGGCUGCCGACAUGCAACAGCGACAGUAAGCAAACUCGCAAUUUAAAAAAGACCAUGGAUAUUCAAGAUUAUGCUGUACACAUAGAAAAAUCGAACAAGGAAGGGAAGUACUUAGACACCGUCUCUUUGCUGACCAGUCUUGAUAUUGCAUGCGUCACUGUGAAACAUCUGCAAGAAACCGACAUAGUCAGGGUCCUUUACAGGGUCCUCAAGAACUGCCCACAACUUCCAGUCAAAAUGAAGGUCAAGCACUUGUUAUCAAAAUGGAAGAAGCUGUACAGUCACUCUGAACACAGAAAAAGAGGUGAGAAAUCCACCGUUGAUGAGAAAAAAGUGGCAAGUCUUCUUUUUAACAGGGUUGAGCAAGGUGAUUCCCAAACUGGACCACAACCCAACAGCACACUUGUGAAAGGGACUAAGGCAAUCAGAGAAGAGAAGACACCUUUGCGGACAGAUAGGCCUUCAACUUCUGACUGCCUUGCAACAAACUCUAACCAUCAAGAAGCCACCCUUACUACCUGUAACGAGUCAUUGGUCCUGAGGCCCAAGUGUGUCCAGCUGCUCCUAGGUUCCCUCAACCCAGAGGGCUCUGCCGGCCUAGAGACAACCGCAGCGACCGCAUCGCUCGCAGAGGACAUUGAACAGCACAUUUACAAUCUCCACCGUGCAAACCCGGCCAAAUACAAGACCUGCGUCAGGAGUAAGGUGGCCAACCUGAGGAACCCGAAGAACGGACACCUCCGGGAGGGUCUUCUGAGCGGCAGCCUGGCUCCAGAGGCCUUCUCCCGGAUGUCAAUGCAGGAGAUGGCCAGCGUGGAGCUCCAGCGGCUGAGGGAGGAGUACUCGUCCCAGGGGGUGAGUGAGAGGCAGCUCCCCCGUGGCUUGGAGGGGACACCCACCCAGAAGAUACGCUGCAGGAGAUGUGACGGCUCAGAUUGUAAAGUCACCCAGGUGUCCAGGGGGACGUUGUUCCUGCCUGCCUGGGUGCACAGUGGUAACCCGGGUGAGGACGCCAUGACCUUUGUGACCUGUAGUGGGUGUGGGGAACAGUGGUACCACAGUGGCUGGGUGUGCCUGUGACCGCCAACAUCACCAACCCUCUGCGGUUUGUUUUAUUUAUGUUGAUGUCGACACAAUGGAGCCUGUUUGUUUGUUUGUUUUUUAAACACUGACAAAAAAUACUGUUGCCCAAUCUUUAUGACCUUAUUGAUACAUUAAAAUAAAUAUUUCCUGUACUGCCUCCUUGCCUUUUACUUCCUAACAUUGUGAGGAAUCUCAUCUAGCCAUCCUGUGGACCAGGCAUGUGACCCAAUGAGCAUGUGACUAUGUAAUCUGGCCCCCGGACACUGGCGUGAGGACCAUACUCCCAUGGUCCUUCACGCCCUGCCUCC